GGUUCGGCCCUUUUGGGGAGCACACAGUGAAUGCCAGCUGGAUCGCAGUCCAGGAGCUGGAGAAGCUGGGCCUGGGGGACAGCGUGGACCUGCACGUGUACGAGAUCCCGGUGGAGUACAAGACGGUACAGAGACUCAUCCCCGCCCUGUGGGAGAAGCACAGUCCGCAGCUGGUGGUGCAUGUCGGGGUGUCGGGCAUGGCGACCACGGUCACGCUGGAGAAAUGUGGGCACAACAAGGGCUACAAGGGACUGGACAACUGCCGCUUCUGCCCCGGUUCCCAGUGCUGUGUGGAGGACGGGCCAGAAAGCAUCGACUCCAUCAUCGACAUGGAUGCCGUCUGCAAGAGGGUCACCACGCUGGGGCUGGACGUGUCGGUGACCAUCUCGCAGGAUGCCGGCAGGUACCUCUGCGACUUCACCUACUACACCUCGCUGUACCAGAGCCAUGGCCGCUCGGCCUUCGUGCACGUGCCCCCGCUGGGCAAGCCCUACAACGCGGACCAGCUGGGCCGGGCGCUGCGGGCCAUCAUCGAGGAGAUGCUGGACGUCCUGGAGCAGUCGGAGGGCAAAAUCAGCUGCUGCCACGAACACUGAGGCCUCGGCUGCCCUCAGCCUUGUCGAGGACGAGGACAAGGACAAGCCCACCAGCCGCAGGUCCGACUUCCCACCUCUUCCUGUGCCUCAGCAGCGCCAGGCUGAUUUGAGGGAAGUGGCCUGAAGAUUGUUUUCCUGUCUCCCUGCGGUGCCACAGCUAGGGCCGCCCACCGUCUGCUUGUCCAGGUUUGUGGAGGGUGACGGAGCUCGGAGUCUCCCUGUCCCUGCCUGCUGUGAUCUGAAAGUUGCAUCAGGAACCUGGUCCCGAAAGCAUGUCUCCAAAGAGGGGCAGCCUCACACAGGGCCAGCUUUCGGAUCGGCUGGUUUCCCUUCCUUUUUUUUUGUCUUUUUGAGGCAGGGUCUCGCUAUGCAGUUCAGGCUGGCCUUGAGCUCACUUUGU